GUUUUCUUCGAGUCAGCUGACUGUUAACUUGAUUUUGCAGUCUAAACACAGGCAGUUGCUGUGAGGCCGGACAGAUUCCGAUAUUAGGGGUCCAGCGUUCAGCUCAACUACACCGUGAACGACACCACAAUGACAACUAGUCAGGUGAAACCAAAGCCAGGUGACUUGAUCGAAAUCUUCCGUGGUACAUACCAACACUGGGUCAUUUAUGUUGGACAAGGCUACAUCAUUCACCUUGUACCACCAUCUGAGCAUGCCCAAGCUGGUGCCUACAGUAUGAUGUCAGUACUGUGCGACAUGGCCGUGGUGAAGAAGGAGCCGCUCCAGGAUGUGGUGGGCACUGACCGAUACACAAUAAACAAUCUGCUGGAUGACAAAUACAAGCCACGUCCUGUCAAGCUCAUCUUGCAGGACGCGCACAGCCUUCUGGGGCAGGAGCUUCCCUACUGUGUUUUUAGUGGAAACUGUGAACAUUUUGUCACUGAGAUGAGAUAUGGGAAAGCAGAGUCUAGACAGGUGCGGAACAUCGUGGAGGUGGGAGUAGGCGUGGGUGUUGCUACCUUGAUCGGCCUGGGAGUUGUUGCUGCAGCAGCAGCCAUCUUCAGUUCGGGUAACAAGGAGAAGAGCAAGCGCUGAACAAGUAGCGAGAUGGGACAGAGCUGUAGGCACAAUCACCAGCAGGCUUUUGGGAUGGAUCUGAAUUCUCUAUACAUUUAACAUCUGUCCACUGAAAGGGCCUUAUGCAAACUUGGUUUUAAACAAAGCAUAUAAAAAAAACCCCACCUAAUUUAUAACAACCUAAAAUAUAGAAGUUUUUUAUACAGCUUUUCUGAUGGCAUUGAAACAAAGUAAUUAAUUAAUAAUAAUUUUACAUUGUGAAGUCACAACUGAUUUAGUUUUAACAAGUAUAUUUUUGAGAAACAAAUCUUUUUGAAAAGUUUUACAGUGGGGUUCAUUACAGCAGUUCAAGGACACAAGAUGUGAUGAGUACUCUGGUUCAAAAGUUAUGGUCUGUGAACCCUUCGCUAGCGUAGGUCUGAAAAUAACACUUAAGAUCUAACCUUUAUUCAUCAUCAACAUGACCUGUGGUUAUAUAUUUUUGAUGUGCCAAUAUCUCCGUUAAAGUUUUAACUUUUUUAUAUAACAAUUACUUAAUUGCUAUAUAAAAAGAUUUGAGUAUAAAAACUGGUUCCUGGUGACAGUUUGUUCCUGGAACUUCUGUUACUACUCAUUUACAUGUUUAAAUGUGCUUUGAUAAUGUAAAAUUAAAUCAAAUAAAGAUUCAAUGAUAAUUUUUACAAAGUAGGCAAUGACA